CAGGGGGAGCUGCUGAGGGUGCGGGCGCGCCACAGCACCGCCAUUUCCCUCUCUCGCCCUCCGCAGGCGGCCUCUUUCCGGGAGUAGGCGGGGACCGGCACAGCACAGGCCGGCACGGCCUCCGGCGGCGCCUGGGAAACACGUAACCCGACAAUGCAGCCUGAGCGGGGCGGCGGCCUGCCCCGCAGGGAAGGUGGCCGGCAUGGGCGCCGGCGGCACAGCUGCGCGGAGAAGGCAGCUGAUGCGGCGACUGAAGGAAGUAGCCGGGACUGCCACGGCGGAGACGAGAGCCGGGGAAGAGGCGGUGCUCGCGGACACCGAGGAGGCGGGCGCCGGGGAAGGCGAGAACCUCGAGGUCGUGGGGCAACGCCGCCUGCGGCUCAGCGGCCCCGGCGGGUAGAGGAGGAUGAUGGUACUGAAUCACAAGAGGAAGAAGAGAAGGAAGAACUGAAAAGCUAUUCAAGAAGAAAAAUCGUUUCCAACUGGAGCCGCUAUGAGGAUAUAGAAAAAGAGGGACAGAAUGAACAUGGGGAAACCCAGAGAGGAACAGACUUCAGUGUUCUGCUUAGCUCAGCAGGAGAUUUCCUUUCACAGUUCCGAUUUGCUGAUGAGAAGGAAUGGGAUAGAGAAAGCAUGUGCCAUAAGCAGUUAUCGGCACUUUCUGUUGACUGCCAGUCUUUGGCCCAGGCCCUUCAGGAAUUACCUCUACAUCUGAGGUUGAAUGUAGAUGCUGAACUUGUGCAGGCAUCAACACCUGAAGAGCUCCCACAGAUGAAAUCUAAAAUUAUCAAAGAUGGCAAAAAGAGAGAGCUUCUGUUCCGACAAGCUCCAGCUCAAAGUGAAACAGUGUUGGUGUCCCACGCGACUGGCAAUUCUGAUGCUCCUUCAGAGCCUGGAAGUAAAAAUAGUCCUAGAACAACUGUAGAACCCUUUCAGAGGGUUCAUCCACUAUCAAAGCAAGAGACUGACCAUUUGGAUGAAGAACUUGAUCUUCUCCUGAAUCUAGAUGCCCCCACUGAUAAAGAAAACAGACCUGUGUCAGAAGCAUUAUCCUAUAACAUAUCAACUGAGAAAAAUUUGAAAAAUGAUUGUAAGGAAAAUGACCCUUUAAAACUAGAUAUGCCUGAAGAGAAGAGUACAGCAUCACAGCAACAGCAAAGUACAUCUAAAACUGUUACUGAGGAAGAGCUUGAAGAGUGGCUGGACAGCAUGAUUUCUUGAAGCUCAGAUUUUCUUCCGUGAAUAACUGAAUAUAGCAAACAUUAGGUAGAAAGUUGAA